AUGUCUCUGCAUCAGUUUCUGCUAGAGCCAAUGACCUGUCAUGCCUGGAACAGGGAUCGUACCCAGAUUGCCCUUAGCCCCAAUAAUCAUGAAGUGCACAGCUACAAGAAGAAAGGGAGCCAGUGGACGAAAGCUCAUGAGCUGAAGGAACAUAAUGGACACAUCACAGGUAUUGACUGGGCUCCUAAGAGCGACCACAUCGUCACCUGUGGGGCAGACCGGCACGCCUAUGUCUGGAGUCAGAAAGAAGGCAUCUGGAAGCCUACCCUGGUGAUCCUGAGGAUUAACCGCGCAGCCACUUUUGUGAAGUGGUCCCCACUCGAGAAUAAGUUUGCUGUGGGGAGUGGGGCCCGGCUCAUCUCUGUUUGUUACUUUGAGCCUGAAAAUGACUGGUGGGUGAGCAAGCACAUUAAGAAGCCAAUUCGCUCCACAGUCCUCAGCUUGGACUGGCAUCCCAACAACGUUUUGCUGGCUGCAGGCUCAUGUGACUUCAAGUGCAGAGUGUUUUCUGCCUACAUCAAAGGGGAGGAUGAGAAGCCAGCCAACACUACCUGGGGCAGCAAGAUGCCUUUUGGUCAGCUGAUGUCUAAAUUUGGUGGCAGUGGCACCGGCGGCUGGGUGCAUGGGGUCAGCUUCUCUGCCAGUGGGAGCAACCGUGAAUUUCAUUUAGACUGA